UGUACACUGACUUGAAUAUACGCCAUGAGACACAUGUACGAGUUUUUGCGGUGACAUUGAAUGCAGCAUCAAAAGUGACGCGCUGCUUCAGAAGUUGGCAAAGUUUUAAACUGUCAACAAACUUCUCUCUAUGUCCACACACGCUUCGUCUAGCUUGCGUACCCUAGUUUUUUUUUUUUUGUACAGCAAUGUGAGUCUCCUCAGAGUGUCAGGGGAUAGACAGAUAUGUUGAAUGUCGGAGGUUUAAAUAAAGCAGAGGGCAGACAUGGACACCAGCGUUAUGUCAGCGCUGGACAGACCCGCUGCGGAGCUGACGGUCACGGAUGUGUACGACAUAGCGGCGGGGAUCGGACAGGAGUUUGAGCGGAUCAUCGACAGGUUUGGGUGCGAGUCUCUGGUCGGGGUGGUGCCCAAAGUGGUGCGGGUCCUGGAGCUGCUGGAGGCCCUGGUGAGCUGCGGAACCACCGGGCAGGAGGCCGAGGAGCUGCGGAGGGAGCUGGAUAGACUGCGGCAGGAGCGGAGCGACAGAUCCGAGCAGGAAAGGAAGCACCAGAGGGAGUUGGAGCUGGUGGAGGAUGUGUGGCGAGGAGAAGUCCAGGACCUGCUCUCUCAAAUCACCCAGCUUCACGCUGAGAACAAGAGGCUGUUAGUGAACCUCUCGCUCAAAGAGUCCCCCAUCACAGAGGAAGACCUGCAGAAACAGGAGGGAAUGUCAGAGAAGGAAAGGCAGGUGAUGAAAAAGCUGAAAGUCUUGGUGGAUAAGCAGAGGGAUGAAAUCCGGGCUAAAGACCAUGAGCUGACACUAAAAAACGAGGAUGUUGAGGCGCUCCAGAUGCAGCAGCAUCGGCUGAUAAGAAUCAACCAGGAUCUUCGUCACAGGAUAGGAGUGAUGGAGGCUCAGGGCAAGGCGCUGAUCCAGCAGAGGGCUGAGCUGGAAGCUGAAGCCCAAGCACUGCAGCAGGAGCUGGUGCCUCUGCAGCUGGAGGUCUCAAGGCUGAGAAAGGAGCUCCAGGGGUGGGAAAUGGAGAAUGAGGUCACUGAUAUAGGAGAAACCUCUCUUACCAGAUCUGGGAUGUCACCACAUAAGUCCUUGCCAUCUAACUCCAUCAAACCAAAUUCAGUGUGGGCGGAGUGUGGAGGGGACCUUGACUUCCUGGCAAACUGCUUUGAGCGUGACAAGAGUCCUUCACUUCUCCAAAGGUCAUCAAAAAGAGCAAAUAAUGAGGAAGAGGGUGACAAAGAUGAGGACACGACAACAUUGUUACUGAAGGUAUCAGAUGAUACAGAUCAAGAUCAAGAGCCAGAUCCCCAGGAGCAGGACUCAGACAAACCACGCUUCACCCUGCAGGAGCUGCGGGACGUCCUGCAGGAGAAGAAUGAACUCAAGGCCCAGGUGUUCUUGCUACAGGAAGAGCUAGCAUAUUUCAAAAGUGAAGAGUCUGAGGAUGACAUCAGCUUCAUGGUUUGUCCUCCAUCUCCUCCACCGUGCUCCAGUUCCACUGAUCAGACCGAAUCAGGAAUUAGACGCUUGAUCUUCACUGCCAUAAUGCCGAUGGUGGCAGCCGGUUUGAUUGCAGAUGACCCUACAUUGUUGCCAACCAGAAGACUUUUCUUUGUAUGACCUUGCGUUUAAAUUAUACAGUGGUUCCACACUGUGUCUACACCCGUAUGUUUCUCUCAACAAAGGUUAUGGAUUACAAGAACUGAUUCAAUUGCUGCAUUACUUUGUUAUUUUAAACUAAAUCUGUAUGGUUUUCAUACAGUUGAAACUGUAAUGAAUGCACUACUGUUGUCAACUUGUAUAACACAUUUUGGCCAUUUCUGGACCCUUUAAAGUGUAUGUAUGACCUCUAAGUGGCAUCAGGAAAAACCAUAAGGUGUAAUGAUGCACAUGCUGCUUUAAUGUCAAAUAACUUGGCACCCAAGUUUCCCACUAUAUUUCUUGAUCAAAAUACAGAAAUUCUGUCACUGCAUUUCUCAGAGGAUAAAUUGAGUUUUCACCAACAAAAUCAAGUUUCUUAGCAGUCUCUGAAUAAUGACUUAAAAAGUCAGAGAUUGGUGUAUCUGCUAUAAGACGGAUAGAUUGAACAUCUUGUGUCAUUUAUAUUAAUGUGACGUUAAGAUGUAUCUGAUUAUAUAACAAAUUAUUGUCAAGUGUUUGAGUCAUUUUUCAAGGUGCUGCAAAUGAGCUGGAUGAUCAUGUGCCUCUAUUUUCCACAAAUUGACUGUUUGGGAUAAUGUGCUUAUUCCCCUGAAUUUAUGAAAAGAGGAUGUUACCGUAUACCUGCAGAACCACAUUGUGGCCCACCCUUCUGGGGUUUACAUCAGUACAGUCAUACUGUUAAAACACCAGUAGGACCAGCACACCUAUUCCAACAAUAGUUCAAUAAUGAGUACUGUAAAAUUAUGCCCUAUGAACCAAUAUGUGCUGCCUUGCACCUCUAAAAUAAUGCUUGU